AUGGCCAAGGUUGAUCAGAAAGUCGCCCUCAUCGUCAUCGAUGGCUGGGGUGUCGCCGGUCCCAACUCCCCCAAGGACGGUGAUGCUAUCGCUGCCGCUGAGACCCCCUUCAUGUCCGGCUUCGCCGAGGCCGAUUCGAAGACUGCUCAGGGUUACACCGAACUCGAUGCUUCCUCCCUCGCUGUCGGUCUGCCGGAGGGUCUCAUGGGCAACAGUGAGGUCGGUCACUUGAACAUUGGAGCUGGCCGUGUCGUCUGGCAGGACAGUGUCCGCAUUGACCAGACCCUCAAGAAGGGCGAGCUGGGCAAGGUGGACAACAUCGUCGCUUCCUUCAAGCGCGCCAAGGAGGGCAACGGCCGUCUGCACCUGUUGGGUCUGGUUUCGGAUGGUGGUGUCCACUCCAACAUCACUCACCUGGUCGGCCUGCUGAAGGUCGCCAAGGAGAUGGAGAUCCCUCAGGUCUUCAUCCACUUCUUUGGUGAUGGCCGUGACACCGAGCCCAAGAGCGCUACCAAGUACAUGCAGCAACUGCUCGACCAGGCCAAGGAGAUUGGCGUUGGUGAGAUCGCUACCGUUGUCGGACGUUACUGGGCCAUGGACCGCGACAAGCGCUGGGACCGGGUUGAGAUCGCCAUGAAGGGUAUCGUCACGGGUGAGGGCGAGGAGAGCUCUGAUCCCGUCAAGACCAUCAACGAGCGCUAUGAGAACAAGGAGACUGAUGAGUUCUUGAAGCCCAUCAUUGUUGGUGGCAAGGACAGACGUGUGCAGGAUGGCGACACCCUCUUCUUCUUCAACUACCGUUCCGACCGUGUUCGUGAGAUCACUCAGCUGCUGGGUGACUACGACCGCUCUCCCAAGCCCGAAUUCCCUUACCCCAAGGACAUCCACAUCACCACCAUGACCCGGUACAAGACCGACUACACCUUCCCUGUUGCCUUCCCUCCCCAGCACAUGGGUAACGUGUUGGCCGAGUGGCUGGGCAAGAAGGAUGUUAAGCAGUGCCACGUUGCCGAGACUGAGAAGUACGCUCACGUUACUUUCUUCUUCAACGGUGGUGUUGAGAAGCAGUUCCCCGGCGAGGUCCGCGAUAUGAUCCCGUCUCCCAAGGUCGCCACCUAUGACCUCGAGCCUAAGAUGAGCGCUGCCGCUGUGGGUGACAAGAUGGCCGAGCGCCUUGGUGAGGGCAACUUCGAGUUUGUCAUGAACAACUUUGCUCCCCCCGACAUGGUUGGUCACACCGGUGUCUACGAGGCUGCCAUCCAGGGUGUUGCUGCCACCGACAAGGCCAUCGGCGUCAUUUAUGAGGCCUGCAAGAAGCACGGCUACAUCCUGUUCAUCACCGCCGACCAUGGAAAUGCCGAGGAGAUGCUUACCGAGAAGGGCACCCCCAAGACUUCCCACACCACCAACAAGGUCCCCUUCGUCAUGGCCAACGCCCCCGAGGGCUGGAGCCUCAAGAAGGAGGAGGGUGUUCUGGGAGAUGUUGCUCCCACCGUCCUGGCUGCCAUGGGCAUCGAGCAGCCCGAGGAGAUGUCCGGCCGCAGCCUUUUGGUUAAGGCAUAG